CAUCUCUGCCUGCAGUUGCUGUGCAGAUGGAGCUGAGCAGGAGGAAAGUGCCUUUGUAUGGCGAAGCGAAGGUAUUUGCUUUGCUGGAGGGUUUGGACUCGGUGCCUGAGGACGCAGAGGUGUACGUGGUUCUGGAAGGAUCCACGCUGGUUCACGUCACCAGAGCGCAGAGCGACGUGAUGCUCUGCUUCAUCGUGCCCGGACACAAUCUGGCGGAGGUGGUCUCCGUUCAGGCCUACCUGUGCUCUAACAGCUCCGUCCUCACCUGGGUCGGCGGAGCCUCGCUGGAGUAUGUUCACGAUGAUGCUCAGGACCUGGCGGAGCACCUGGUCGUGCACGGACACUGCCUGAGCUGCGGGGAUCACAAGGAGCUGAGCAGCCUGUUCAGCCUGGGGCAGAAGAGCUCCCGCUGGGCUAUGGAUCGCCGCGUGGCCCUGGCCAUGGCCAACCUGGACAUCCCCCAAACCUGGAAUGUGCUGGGGAGCCGCAGCGGAGACGGUCACAGUCCCAGAGAGUCUCCCCUCCACCUGGCCGUGCGCUGGGGUCUGUGUCGGCUUGCAGAGCUGCUGCUCUGCCAGCCGGGCGGUUUGAUGGCUGUCAGUUUGCCAAACGAAGAGGGGGUCACACCGCUGCAGCUGGCGCAGGCGGAGGGCAACUCCGAGCUCCUGGACCUCCUGUCACACCCCCCCAAUCCUCUGGCCACCCCUCCAGCAGGGCUGUCCCAGGUGUGGGCGGACCGGUCCCGCCUGCUCAGGUUCUGCCACGACACGGGGAACCUGACGCUGACCGUCCGUCAGAACCUGCGGUGGGGCUCAGAGGAGAGCCGCCACGCCGACAUCCUGCUGCUCCGACAGCGACUCAGAGACGAGGCCUUCCUCAGAGAGAUCAGAUCCCUCAGGAGGGAACGGGCGGAGACCAUCUUAGGGAAGGAGGAGCUGGUGGAUGAUCCUGCAGACAACGCACUGUAUCCUGACCUAAGUGGAGGAGACCCUGCAGUUGAAGAAAAUGCUCCCAGUUUCUUCGCCGGGGUGUACGAGGAGCCGCUGAUGUUCUGCCUGAAUGAGGAAGACGAAGAGGAAGGCCCUUCUCAGCCUGUCUCUGAGAAAACUCAGUCCAUAAGGGAGAACCAGGCCUCGUCCCCAACUCUGGCUGCGGCUGCCCGGCUGUCAGCGUUGAUUCACGGGAAGGACCAAGUGUACGCCAACGCCAUGCUGGUGGACCAGGUGGAUGAAGCCGACAUUAAAUACCGAUCUCCCGGGGAAGAAGAAGUCAGCCCCACGUCUCAGAUUGGCAGCCCUUGCUGGGAUUCCUUCUCCAUGACUCCCCCUCAUUCAGGGAGCUGCUCCCAGAGCCGGCACCCAUCCUCACCUCACAGCGGGCAGAGGGGCGUCCACGACCCCGGCCCGGAGAAUCACAGGGAGCCAUCACCCCGGGUCUCUCCCCGCUCCACCUUCGCCUCCUCCCCAUCUUUUCCUUCCUCUCCCCUGGCUUCCGCCUUACGGCUGUUCGACGGAGCACAUCGGCGUCAGGCGGAGACGUGCUCGCCAGUCUCUCCGGCUUUAGAUCGUAGAGGGUGCAGCCUGACAGAGGCGAGCCAGGGCCUGAGCCCCAGCCUGGAGUGUGACAGUGGAGAGGAGGACAUCCUGGGACAUUCCUACCCCUGCUCCUCUCUGAAGCAGAACUCCAUACUCCUCUCCAGCUCCGGAGAAGAGAGGGACUCUUUUGAAGCUUCGCCCGAUUUCAGCCGCUCACACUCCGACAGCACGCACCAGUCCACCAAGAACCCAGAGGAAGCCGACGUCCGUCUGCGCUCCUACUCCUAUUCCUCCCCUAAAGCCAAGCCGUCACGGCCGCUGCUCAACCGAGACGCGACUAUCACCGAUCUGGCAGAAGAGCAGAGAGCGUUCAGCCUGACGGAGACUUCCAGAGAAAAGAGGGUUUUGGGUUUCCGUAAGCGGGCCCAGUCAGCAGAGGAGGACAGCAGCGCAUCACUCCAACACCUCACCCUUACUGAGUUCCUCAAAGAGAUCGAGGAUGAGGAGUGGGAUAAGUACAUAAUCCCAUCUAAGGUCGAGUCAGAGAAGUACAAAGUGAGCCGAACUUUCAGCUUCCUCAAAAGCAGGAUGUCCAGCACUCGCAGCAAGACCAAGGUGAAGGGGAAGGAGGUGAAGGAGGGAAAGGAGAAGCCAGGCGCCGCUAAUGGACACCAGUUUGUUCCCGUGUCUCCGUGUGGCCCGGCGCUCUGUGUGGCCUGUGAGAAGUCUGUUUCUGGGAAGGAGCUGUUACAGUGCUCCAAUUGUUUCCAGAAUGUCCAUAAGAACUGCAGGGAAGCUGUUUCAGUUUGUGGAAAGAAGCCACAAGAGAGGAAUGCAGUGCUGAUGAAAAGCAAGACCUUGUCUCUCCCACAGAACUCUGUGAAAGAUAACCAUCCACCCUCCGUUUUCCCUUCAUCGUCCUCCGCCUCACUUCCAACAAUGACCAGGGAGAAACGAGACACCGUCGCCACGCUCACCAAGAGCCUCACCAUCUCUAUAGACAGCAGACGGCUGAGUGACGCAGCGGCGGUGGACGCUGAUUCUGCUGUCACAUCGUGCGCUAACAGCUCGAUGUCUGACGAAGGAACGCCGGUCGCAGUGACGCCACCCUCCGCUGAACUGCCCAUCACCACGCAGGACACUGUUGAUGCUCCUCUGCUGAGCGACUUGUCGGCUGACCUGCUGGGGCUUGAGGCGGAGUCGUGGAGUCUUGCUGUCAGUCCGGAGUUUUGCAGGCAACACGACAGGCACACCAUCAAACGGCAGGAUGUGAUUUAUGAGCUGAUGCAGACCGAGCUGCACCACAUCCAGACGCUCACCGUCAUGUCGGAGGUGUUCCGGAGAGGCAUGCUGGAAGAGCUGCAGCUCGACUGUGAAUGCGUGGCUCGGAUCUUCCCGUGCCUGGACCCCCUGCUGCUGUUUCACAGGAAUCUAUUCCGAGCGCUGCACGACCGCCGGCAAGCUGCGGCCCAGGCAGAAAACAUGCAAAAUUACCUCAUCUAUCAGAUUGGAGAUAUACUGCUUCAACAGUUCUCAGGUGAAAGUGCCGAGAAGAUGAAGCAGCUGUACGGCGAGUUCUGCAGCCACCACAUCGAGGCUGUGAAUGUGUUCAAGGAGCUUCAGCAGCAAAACAAGAAACUCCAGAUCUUUGUCAAACAACAGAGCAACAACUCUCUUGUGAAACGACGAGAGGUCCCAGAAUUCAUCCUGCUGGUCACUCAGCGAAUCACCAAGUAUCCUGUGCUGCUGGAGAGGAUUUUACAGUACACUCAGGAGGGAAGUCAGGAACACUUGGACUUGUCGAGUGCCUUGGCUCAGAUUCGAGACAUCAUCGCCGCCGUGGAUCUGACUGUCAGUAGGUAUGAGAGGUGUCAGGAGCUGCAGGAAGUGCUGGCCCGACUGGAAAACAAGAGCUUUGCCAAGCUAAAGAACGGAAAGGUGUUUCGGAAACAGGACCUGCACAGCAAACACAGGGACCUGCAGUAUAAAGGGCUGGUUUACUGGAAGACUGCCACGGGACGUCUGAAAGAUACUUUGGCGCUUCUGCUCACUGAUGUUCUGGUAUUCCUACAAGAGAAAGACCAGCGUUUCAUCUUUGCUGCCGUGGACCAGAAGCCUCCCGUGAUCCCCCUCCAGAAGCUCAUCGUUAGAGAAGUGGCAAACGAGGAGAGGGGGAUGUUCCUCAUCUCCGCCUCCUCCGUGGGACCCGAGAUGUACGAGGUUCACACCGCCAGCAGGGAGGAGAGGAACGCGUGGAUGCGACACAUCCGGCAGGCUGUGGAGAGCUGUCCAGAGGAAGAGGACGAGGAGGAACGAAGUGCUGAGACGGAGGAAGCCAGGCAGGCGGCAGAAGUGAAGGUUCAGAAAAUCACUAAGUUCCAGGAGACCCUGUUGAGUCAGGACCAGCAGAUCUGUAACAGCCUGGAGGAGAAGCUGCAGCUUUAUGCUGAACUCACUGAAUUAACGCUGCACUCACCAGAGGCUGUGCCACAUCGUCAUCUGCUGGUCCAACCAGGGCAGUACACAGACUGCGAAACUCCUCCGCAGGCCUCCUCGCUGCUCACAGCAGCACUCAGAGAAGCUGAGAACUUAAUCGCCAUUCUUCAGGCUCGCGAUGGCAUGAAUGCACAAAGCCAGAGCUCUCCUGUGCGAGGCCCGGAGUGCUGCAGCUAUAACAGCCACGGCAGCAGCAUUCUGGAGUCUCCCUCCGAACCGGAUUAUCUGAGCACGCUCAGCAUGAGCUCCACCUCUCUGGGUUCAGACAGCGAGCUAACGGGGUUGGACAGUGCGCUGUGGGGCUCUGCGGUGGAGCUGAGGAAAGGAGACACCAAAGGCACUCUGUUAAAGGUGGUAGAGAGCGUCCACAGCCUCACUCAGCUGCUCUACAGUCUGCAGGCAGCAGUGACUCUUCAGGACAGCUGCUAUGAAGUCCAAAAACUCCUUUUCCAGGAUGGAGAGAAGCCUCACCUCCGAACCCUGUCCUCAGUCCAAGGCAGCCUGGAGCAAGAGAAGCAGAGGACUGCUGAAAAGAAGAAGGAAGAAACUGAAAAAAAGGGGAUGGAGCGGAAAAGAGAAGAAGUGGAUGAGGUGCAGAAGCUCCACGUGAAGCUGAAACAGCAGCAGCAGCGGUGGGACAAAGAGUGCGUGGCCCGAGAGAGGCAGCAGAGUGAACAGGAGAGCGUGCUGGAGCAGCGGGAGCAGCAGUGCCUCCUGGAGGCCGCCCGGCUGCGCUGCCAGCGGGAGGAGCUGGAGGCCCAGCUGCUGGAGUACCAGCAGAACCUGGACAGGCUGCGGGAGGGCCAGAGGAGCGUGGAGCGGGAGAAGGAGAAGAUCGAGGCCCAGCAGAGGCUGCUGCAGAGCUGGAGGCACAGCCGCCAGAGCAGCCUGCCCGUCACCAUCCCCAUGGACGGAUACAAGGCGUCGACUCACAGCCGCUCAGGCAGCCUGGACGGCAACUGCUCGGUGUACGAGAACGAGGCGGCCCUGCUGGCCUCCCUCCACCAAGCCACCAGCAACAACCAGAACCAGCACCUGCUGUCCGUGCCCAGGAAGAACCAUGACGGCGGUCUGCACGGCUCCAGCUACGGCGCCGACCUCGGCCUGAGCGCCAGCCUCUACAACAGCCUCAACACGCUGCUGAGCCAGGCGCACAGCAAGCAGCCUCUGGACGCUCUGUCGUACCCAAACCACGCUCACAGCCGCGGCUGCUCGCAGCCCCAGCAUGACCCCGGCCCCCCGAUCGGCGGCAGGGUCCCCGCAGAGCCACAGAAGACCAACAACACAGACUUAAGCCCAGCGCUGCACAGACAAUCGCCUGGUCCCUGGAGGUCAGAGGUCACGGGUCAUGAACUUUAUGAAGAAGACUACUCAACGUCUCCCUCCCUCACCCCCCUCCUCCCCCCGCAGGCCUACCUCUCUCUGGAAGGUCAGAACGGCGAGGAUGGCGGCGAGGAGAACAUUGUUUACCUCUGAGGAUCCGGAGAUAACGAAGCGGUCGCUUGUCUUGUGUUUGUUUAUGUGUUCAUUUAAUCCAUCGACGCCUGAUGGAUUCAAAGUCAUUUUCUACACCCCCGCAGUGAAAGAUGGAGAUUGUUACAAUGAGAUUAUGAAUUGAUGGACUUUACCCUCCUCAGCAUUUGUUGCGCUCUUUUAGUAUUCUCCUCGUGUAUGAUCAAACCAUUGUGCCUUUUUGUAUAUUUAAAGAAAACCUAAACUGUAAAUCAGUUUUUCUUUUCAUUUGGAAUAAUGUGCAUUGACUCGUUUUUAAGUAACUGUUGCACUUCUUUGAUGGCUGAGGUACCUCUUUGUGUUACAAACACUUUGACCUGAAGUACCACGAAAUCAGGACUCAUCUAAUUUUCCCAGGAGCACUUAAACAGAAAACGGAAUUACAUGAGUGGCCGAUGAAGCCCUGCAGCAAACUGUGCACAUACAGAGUGCCGGCAUUUCUCAACACGAUCUGUGAACAUAUUUAUAAGGGAUUGUUCUAAACAUUGAGACAUACUGACAGUAUUGUAUAAAUGUUGAAUACAUGUUUAGUCUUAUGCAAAGGCUACCUAUGCAGGAUGUUGGAAGAUCUUUUAUUGCUUUCUUUAUUGUUCUCACUUAAGUGCCAAAAAUCUUGCUAUAUGAUACUGUAACUGAUUUCUGUAAAGAGUGGGUUAUAUUUUUUUUUUCCUCAUGGCCUUUUCUGAUAAUUUAUUGCUUAUAAAUGGCUUCAUGCACUGUCAGUAUGCAGUUUAAUUCGUGUCACCUCUAUAGUUGUAUGACUGUGAUGUUCCAUAA